AUGGCCAUGAAAAAACAAACAGCCAAAGUGUCUCCCUCGCCCAUCACUGGUCCUAAUGUCUUUCUGCUGCCCACUCCACAGGAGCAUGCUGAAAGACAGAGGGGACCCCAGCCUGCGGCUGAAGAUGGGCAGGAUGGAUGGCAGGGUGGGGGGAAGGGUGGAGACCAGGCAGAAGAGUGUGUGGAGAAGAGAGAGGACAGUAAGAGCCGCUGUGCCCGCUGCCCGCUGAGAGCCAUGUGUCGAGCUGUGUGGGGGCUGGUCCUUGGGUGCUGUGUGGCCCUGGCGUGGGCAGUGGGCACACACAGUGCCAAGCAGUCUCUGGAGCAGCUCCAUGCCCCCUUCUUCACUAUUUGGUUCUGCAGUACAUGGAACCUCCUCCUCUUCCCCCUCUACUACCUGGGACACCUGCUAGGGGCAAAGCAGAGACAGUGGCCCACAGCCUGCUUCAGGCAGUGCAGUGGCUUCCUGGUGGAGGAGGACAUGACAGUGAGAGUGCUCCUGAAGGGUGCAGCACCGUUCUCCGUGCUGUGGAGUCUCUCAGGCUACCUGUACCUGCUGGCUCUUUGUCGCAUCUCAGCGGGAGACGCUAGCGCCAUUCUCUGCUGUAGCCAGGGCUUCAUCUUCCUCCUGUCCUGGAUCGGACUCAAUGACCGGUUCAUGGGUGUACGGAUAGUGGCUGUAAUUCUCUCCAUCACAGGAAUCGUCAUGAUGGCGUAUGCUGAUGGUUUCCAUAGCGACUCAAUCACAGGGGUGGCCCUGGCAGUAGGCUCAGCUUCAACCACUGCCCUGUACAAGGUGUUGUUUAGAAAGCGAGUGGGAGAGGUGCAGCCGGGUACGGCCAGUGUUCUGCUGUCCUGUGUGGGGCUAUGCUGCUGUGUCCUCCACUCCUGGGUGUGUGUGAUACUCUACCUCACACAUGUGGAGUACUGGCCUCCAAUCCAGUACAUCCCCUGGGACGCAUUGUGCGUGAUGGCCUCCCUGCUCCUCGCUUUCAAUGUCUUGGUGAAUCUAGGAAGUGUGCUUGCCUACCCCUCCCUUAUUUCUCUUGGAAUGUUACUGAGCAUCCCAGCUAAUUCAGCAGUGGAUUUCUAUGUUGCUGCAGCCCCCCAGCUCAGCCAGGUCAGAGUGGCUGCAGCAGCUAUCAUCGGGGUGGGCUACCUCUUACUGCUGCUCCCUGGAGACUGGGAUGACAGUGUUGUCCACUGGAUAGAGGGUCUGUGGCAAGGAGGAUGGAAAGAGGACAGUGUGGUUGGAGAAGAUGGAGGAGCUGAUGGAGGAGAAAUUGCAAAGCCCAAGCCCAAACCAGCAGGCAUUGCUGCCCUAACAUGAUGCUCUUUGAUUUUACACGACAGAACUUGGUGUCAAAAGUCUCUCAACCAAAACCAGGGAUGCAACUUUGGUGUUAGAAGUGGGGGGGAAUAACUUGGUGGGGGGUAUGGGGGUCCUCCCAUUUUGGGAGGCAUAUAAAGCUAAUUUCCUGCAUUUCUGCACAAUCUUAUAUGACCCAUUACCCUUUCUAGCCAUCUCUAUUUUGAACAACAUAAAGAAAGCAAAAAUGACCAGUCAUCAAGCUAGGUAAGAGAUCCUUAUUAAAUGUUUAAGUGAUUGAUAAGACUGAACUAGAUCAAUGGUAAUUCAAUAAUCAAUAUUGUGCUGCACCUUGAACCAACAGCCUAAAAAAACGAACAACUCUUACAUAUAAAGUACAAAGACUGUUGAUUGUCUUUAUUACAUUUCCUGCACGCCCAACCCCCAUCAGUCUAGUCAAUAACUCAACUCUCUCCCCAUCUUUUUUUAUGUCUCAAGGAAAGGUUUGAAAACAAAAGUGUUGUAAAAACACACAUACACAUUAACACACAGAAGCAGUACACCCUAAAUAAAAUCAUUAAUAUCAUAUGUGUAAUAGUACUGUAGCUCUUUUUAUCUACACACAAUAUAGCUGGGUCACCCCAUCCUGCCCCUAGGGGUCCACGGCCCUGCAGCCCCAACCCAACACACCCCGCUCAGCUUUAAGAUUUUAGUGAAACAUUCAUUAUUGGUUUAACAGGUGUGUUAGGCCAAGGUCAGAGUGACAACCAACAGUACGGCAGACCCCCAAAGCCAGGACUGAGGAAUGAGCAGCCCAGCAGUUAGGGAUUUCCUAAAUAGUUAUCUCCCCUGACAUGGGCAUGUUUUCAAUAAAGACACCCUUUGUCAUACUGUAUUCCAUAUAAGGUAUCCAUACUUUAUGAAAGUUGCACAGUAUACCCUUAGUCUAGUAAUAAAUACUAGUGUAUCUAGUGAUACAUAACUUGACAUUUCUUCCAUCCAUUGUGGGAGGAUAACCAACCUUCCAAUUAAUGGCAAUGCAU